AAAUCAGAUCAAAAAAAUGCUCGACCAGAAAAUUAUUAGGCCAAGCAAUUCUCCUUGGUCAUCGCCAAUUUGGGUGGUACCCAAAAAGGUCGAUGCUUCUGGGAAGCAAAAAUGGAGGGUUGUUGUUGACUAUCGCAAGCUCAAUGAGAAAACGAUAGAUGACAAAUACUCUUUACCUAACAUCACAUAUCUUCUGGACAAACUGGGAAAAUGCCAGUAUUUCAUAACACUCGAUCUGGCCAGUGGCUUCCAUCAAAUUGAAAUGGAAGAGGACGAUAUUGAAAAAAUAGCUUUUAAUACGGAACAUGGCCAUUAUGAGUACCUGAGGAUGCCAUUUGGUUUGAAAAACGCGCCAGCUACAUUUCAGCGCGUAAUGGAUAAUAUCCUUCGUGGUAUCCAGAACGAAAAGUGCUUGGUAUACCUUGACGAUAUUAUUAUCUUCUCGACUUCCCUCCAAAAACACCUUGAGAGCCUUAAAUCUGUCUUCAACAGACUGAAAAGCUCAAACUUUAAAAUUCAGCUGGAUAAAUCGGAAUUCCUACGAAAGGAAGUAGCCUAUCUGGGACACGUCGUGACUCCUGAAGGUGACAAACCGAAUCCAGAUAAAAUCACAGCCAUCAAAAAUUUCCCUGUCCCAAAAACCACUAAACAGAUCAAAGGAUUCUUGGGUUUGUUAGGUUACUAUCGACGCUUUAUCAAUAAUUUCGCUAGACUAACGAAACCAUUAACCAAAUGCCUGAAGAAAGGCGCAAAAAUUGAACAUAAUGCAGAGUUUUUGGAAUGUUUCAAUACCUGCAAAAACCUGUUAAUCAACGAUCCGAUUUUGCAGUACCACUUUUCUAAACCUUUUAAUCUCACCACGGACGCAAGUAAAUUCGCCCUAGGAGCUGUCCUUUCUCAAGGCCCUAUAGGCCAAGACCUUCCAGUUGCAUACGCAUCUCGGACCCUGAAUGACUCUGAGCAAAAUUACUCAGUCAUUGAGAAAGAGUUUCUCGCGAUCGUAUGGGCUACCAAAUACUUUCGCCCAUAUCUCUUUGGACGAAAGUUCAAUAUAGUCACUGACCACAAACCCCUUCAGUGGUUAUUCUCUCUGAAGGACCCCAACUCAAAAUUGCUGAGAUGGCGGAUCAAACUAGAGGAAUACGAUUAUACCAUAAUCUACAAAAAAGGCAAGUUGAACACCAUCGCCGAUGCUUUAUCCCGUGUCGAAAUCCACAUUAAGGACACCAAAACCUUUUGGGUGGAAUUGGAUGACAUACUAGACGAAUCACAACGUCUAAUAAAUCAUAGUGUCACUUUCAGUGGUCAAGGAAACCCAGCCACCACCAAUACCAACGCCGAUGCUUUAUCCCGUGUCGAAAUCCACACUAAGGACACCAAAACCUUUUGGGAGGAAUUGGAUGACAUACUAGACGAAUCACAAUGUCGAACAAAUCAAAGUGUCACUUUCAGCGGUCAAGGAAACCCAGUAAGUCGUUGCCUUGAAAUCCCGGAUUAUCAACCCUCUUCCGAUAUUUUGAUUAUUGGAGAACCCAAUCUGGACACUGAAUAUUCUCCCAUCAUGAUUUCCCCUAACGAAAUGCAUGCAAAUAAUACGGAAGACAAUGAGUUACCUCCGAAAAGUUAUACAGAAAAUGACAAUCUUUCUUUACAAGUUCAACCUGAUACCGAACGUACAGGAGAUGAACUCCUACCAGAACCCAGAAUACACGAAGACAAUGAAUUACCUUCCACAGGUAAUGGAAGAAAUAACAUUUCUUCACCAUUGCAACCUAAUAUCGAACAAAUAGAAGAUGCACCCCAAGCAGAACGCGAAAACCUUGAAGAUGACACUAUUCACUCAAAUGCUGAACAGAACCCUGUUGUAACAAUUUCAAUAACGCAGUGUGCCGUGUACCUAGGGCUCAAUCAGUUGAUUAUAAGCUCAGUUCUCCAUUCUCCGGCCAAACCUAAAACUACCAUUCUGUUCGAGAAAAAGAUGAGAAUUCAUGUUGUCCUCCUACCGGCUCAACAAACUACCAAACUCAAGUGCCAGAACGAAAUCGAGAACCUACUACCUGGAAGUUAUCUAUUCGACAUUCCAAAUGAAUGCCACUUAUCCUGUGGCAACCAAAUCAUAACCAACGAUCACCAAGUUACCAAUAGUGAACCAAUCAUCUUACCAGACUUGGACGAAGGGAAUCCAGAGUCACCCAAAUCAAUAGGGAUCCAACUUGAUGACCUGAACCUGGACGAACUUCAUUCAAUGAAAACAGCAAUAAUGGAAAACGAACCGAUUAUAUCCUUCAAAGACGUAGCACACAAGUUUUUGGACGAUGUUCAUCUACUUGAUCCUAGUAUCAAUUUGUUUGUACCUAGUGCACAAGAAGAUUGGCUCCAGAAGGUGCAAAACUAA